AUAAAGGAAUAUUUGUUAUCCAAAGUGAGAGCCUCAAGAAAUGCAUUCAAGCAGGCAAAUCUGUACUGACCCUGGAGAACUGCAAACCACCAAACAAGUACAUGAUGUGGAAAUGGGUUUCCAACCACGGCCUCUUUAACAUAGGAGGCAGCGGUUGCCUGGGCCUGAAUUUAUCUGAUCCAGAGCAGCCAUUGAGCAUCUAUGAGUGUGAUUCCACCCACGUUUCCUUGAGGUGGCGCUGUCACAGGAAGGUGAUCACCGGCCCGCUGCAGUACAUGGUGCAGGUGAAGGACAACACGCUGGUGGCCUCCUGGCAAAACCUUCAUAAGUGGAUUGCCUACAUGCCAGGCGGUGGAGGCAUUUGUGAAUAUCUGCACAAAGAUUUGUAUACACUCAAAGGGAAUGCCCAUGGGACGCCAUGCAUGUUUCCCUUCCAGUAUAACCACCAGUGGCAUCACGAAUGCACCCGGGAAGGGCGGGAAGACAACUUACUGUGGUGUGCCACGACCAGCCGCUAUGAAAGAGACCAAAAGUGGGGAUUUUGCCCGGAUCCCAGUAAGAGUGAAUCUCCUCUUCCCCCUAUGUCAUGCAUGAAUCAAAGAUGAUUGGGAAGUUACUGUAUCUAAA